AUGGGAAGCAUUGGAGAAACAGUGAAAGCUUGGAAUCACAACGAUGGCGUGGAAAACCAAUGGAUGUGGAAUGCCAAGGUGCCUACAUGUGCAGAGUCCACUGUGCAUGAAUUAAUUGCCCAGCGUGUCCAAGACCAGCCAAAUGCUGCAGCAGUCUGUGCCUGGGACGGCAGUUUGACCUACCAGGAACUGGACAGACUAUCUCGCCGCCUCGCAUGCCACCUCGUCCAGAAAUUGGGCAUUGGGGAAGGCUCUAUCAUACCGCUAUGUUUCGAGAAGUCUAUGUGGACGCCCGUUGCCAUGUUAGCCGUGAUGAAGACCGGAGCGGCCUCUGUGGCCCUGGAUGUAACCCUUCCAAAGCCGCGUCUGCAGUCAAUCACCCAGCAAAUACAGCCAAAUGUCAUCCUAUCCUCCAAGGCACAGUGCAGCCUUGCAGGUAACCUUGCCGCGAGUCCGGUUCUGACAGUUGACUGUCCUGCUCUCGAUGCAAUGGACACUGCCGGCGUAUGCCUUCCCAAUGUCGACCCUUCGAGCACGCUGUAUGUCGUCUUCACAUCUGGGAGCACAGGGACUCCCAAGGGUGUGAUGAUUAGCCAUAGAAACAUUUGCAGUGGUCUCCGACACCAAAGAGCUUUGGGAUACGCCAACGCUCGUCGGGUGUUUGACUUUGCAUCGUAUGCCUUCGACGCCGCCUGGCUAAACUUUCUGCACGCCACUGUCUCUGGCGCUUGCUUAUGCAUUCCGUCGGAGACAGAUAGAAGGGAGAAUAUUACAACAUGUAUGCAGGAUAUGAGAGUUGACUUCGCCCUACUUACCCCAAGUAUCGCUAGAGUGAUUAAUCCUGCCGCGGUCCCAGCGCUGCGAACCCUUGUUCUCGGGGGUGAAGCGAUGGCUGAAGUGGAUAUAAUGACUUGGGCCUCCCAGGUGGAUCUUCGAAAUGCUUACGGUCCAGCUGAGUGCACCAUCGUGGCAACGGCAGCAAGAAUUGGGGACAGUACAGGCCAAUCGGGAAACAUUGGCUACGGAUUAGGUCUCAAUACCUGGGUAGUGAGCCUUCAAGGGGACUGUCUUGCAUCGAUCGGAUCAGUUGGUGAAUUGUGGCUUGAAGGCCCACUGGUGGGAAAAGGGUAUCUUAAUGAUCCGGGGAGGACUGACGCUAGCUUCGUGCACAACCCACCCUGGCUGACGCAAGGAUGUGGACUGGUGACGGGACGUCGGGGUCGUUUAUAUAGGACAGGCGACCUAGUCCGAUAUGAAAAAGAUGGUUCACUCGUGUUUGUUGGUCGCAAAGACUCACAAGUCAAGAUUCGUGGACAACGGGUUGAACUGGGAGACAUUGAAUACCAUGUGCAGUCUGGCUUGUCACAACAGCUCCAAGGACCGGCUGUAGCUAUCCUGGCCACCCCAUGUGGCAGUGAUAAGACCUUUUUAGUGGUAUUUCUUAGCGUGAGUAGGGCAUUCAUGGAAUCAUAUCAUGAAAGACGGAGGAUGGUCCAGGACCUCACGUCGGCCCUACACGACAAGUUGGUCGAGGACCUUCCCAUGUAUAUGGUACCGAGUGCCUAUGUCCCAGUGGCAGAGAUGCCCAUGACAGCGACCGGCAAGACGGAUCGACGACAACUUCGGGAGAUGGCCAAUGCUAUGAAAGUAGAAGAACUGGUGCAGCUUCAUCCAAAGUGGGAAGGGAAGCGAGCGCCAGUAACUGAGAUGGAAAAGCGUUUACAGGAAUUAUGGGCGCAAGUACUCAAUAUCAAUUCGUCCAGUAUUGGUCUUGACGAUACUUUCUUCAGCCAUGGGGGGGAUUCUAUCUCUGCCAUCCAACUUUCAGCGAAGUGUCGAGCUGCUGGUUUCUCGAUCACUAUCCCACAAAUCUUUCGCCACAAAUCACUUCAAGAUCUCGCAACUGCUGCAUCUCCCUUACCCAGCUUGGUCACUAAGCCCAUAGUGGAAACCAACAAUGCCCGCUUUGCCCUUUCUCCGGCUCAGCAGUACUUCUUCGAGCAUCAUCCGGACGGAAACAAUCAUUUUAAUCAAAGCUUCUUUCUUCGAGUGACGCAAACAAUCGAUCCGGCGCGCCUGGGCAAAUCACUCCAGCAGCUGGUAUCAUGGCAUCCAAUCUUAAGAGCUAGAUUCAAUCGGGCGGGAGAUGGGAGUUGGAUGCAGUCUAUUCAGACAGAAGCUGCUCAAUGCUACCACUAUCAUGUAACUCGAAUAGAAGAGCCAAACCAGGUGAAAGAUGUGCUCAACUCAGCACAAAAAAGGCUUGAUAUUGAGAAAGGCCCACUGAUAUCAUUUGAUCUGAUCCAGACAGUCGAUAGCCAGUUUCUAUUUCUUGUGGCACAUCAUCUGGUUGUGGAUCUAGUUUCCUGGAGAAUCCUGAUAGAAGAGCUGGAGGAGCUAUUGACAACCGAAAACACAACAAGGGAGCAUUCAUCCCUCUCAUUCCAGGCAUGGUGCAAAAUGCAAGAAACAUAUAGCAUGCAACAUCUGCUACCGGAAAAGAGUCUACCAUUUCCUGUAACAAUCCCUUCAUAUGACUGGUGGGGUCUCGAGCGAAAGGAAAAUACACAUGCGCAUGCAGUCCGGAAGAGCUUUUUGACCUGCAAGAGCGUCACGCAUCUCCUCUUGGGCGAAGCCAAUCAUGCCUUUCAAACACGACCGGUUGAGAUCCUGCACGCAGUAUUACUGCAUUCAUUCGCGAUGACAUUCCGCGACAGACCUCCCCCGACUGUAUUCAGCGAGGGUCAUGGUCGAGAAGCAUUUGACGACACAAUUGACCUUUCUAGGACUGUUGGCUGGUUCACUACCAUCUGGCCGGCGCACGUUGAGUGGAACAACCGACAUAGUAUAACCGAGGUUGUACGUCGCACAAAAGAUGCUCGACGGCGGGUGCCAAUGAACGGCUGGGCAUAUUUUGCCUCACGUUACCUUAAUGAGUCUGGAAAAGACAUGUUCAGGGGCCAUGGCUUGCCAGAAAUCCUUUUCAACUUUGAAGGCCUCUACCAGCAGCUCGAGAGACCCAAUUCUUUGUUUCGUAAUACAGACAAGCCCCACGACACGAUUUCAGACUUCUCGGGAACAACUCAUAUGUCCGCAAUCGUUGAUGUAACUGCAUUAGUUGUCGAUGGGUGCCUAACAUUCCAGUUCCUUUACAAUGGAAAUAUGAAGCAGCGAGAUGGGGUGGAAAGGUGGAUCGCUCAAUGCAAGGAGUCGCUCGAGUUGGCAGGGCACGAGUUGGUCCGUCUAAAGCCGAGCUAUACUAUGUGCGACUUUCCACUCCUGUCUCUGACGGAUGAAACACUCAAAAAGUUGAAUGAAGAUGUUCUUCCAGAGCUAGGGAUCUCCUAUGGAGAGGUUGAAGAUAUAUAUCCAUGUUCUCCCGUGCAACAGGGGAUCCUUCUCAGUCAAGCUAAGAAUUCCGGCUGGUACAAUACUCAAGUAGUGUGGCGCAUACGAUCUUCAUCGCCAAUCAGCGUUACUAGACUACAACUAGCAUGGAAGGAGGUGGUUAAAAGACACCCCAUUCUUAGAACAGUUUUCACAGAUGGAGUGUCCCCAGAGUCCUACCGCGACCAAAUUGUGCUCAGGAAGCUGGAGCCCGAAGUUAACUGUGACUGUCAAGAGAAUGGAACACACAUCGCCGCCUCAAAGACACCUCAACCGAACUGGAAGGUCAGGCCGCUCCAUUCACUGUCAUUAGUCUCGAGAAGUUCGGGCGACGUGACUGCGGAACUGAAUAUCAACCAUGCGAUUAUCGAUGCAGCAUCUAUGGAAAUCUUGAGACGUGAUCUUUGUUUAACAUAUAGCGGGUUAAGCCUACCAACCAACGACGUCUCCUACCGUGGAUACAUCGAAGUCGUUCAAGGCUUCCCGGUGGACCCAGCGAGAGCCUUUUGGAAGAAAUACCUAGAAGGUGUUAAGCCCUCUAUUUUCCCGAGCUUGCGUAGUGACACCCCCACAGACAGGACUCAUGUAGAGCUUCCAGUGACGCGGGUUGCCCAGGAACUACAAGCGAACAUUCACACCUUUUGCGAGCGACAUGGGGUCACACCUUCGAAUAUCUUCCAACUAGCAUGGGCACUCGUACUGAGGUACUACCUGAAUGAUGAAGCUGUUUGCUUUGGCUAUAUCGUCUCUGGACGAGAUGCACCCAUUGCUCAUGUCGAGGAUAUUGUGGGCCCUUUCAUCAAUAUGCUCGUCAGCCGAUUUGACCUAAAUGACAGCGUGACGGUCCUUGAAAUAUUGAAGGACACCCAAGACAAUUACCUGGAAGGACUGGAUCAUCAGCAUUACCCAUUGGCUAGUGUGCUGAACUCCUUAGGCAUGACGGGGAAACAGCUGUUUAACACAGUGCUCCAAGUGCAACGAAACGUGACGUCGAAUGAGAUAGAGGGCUCCGCAAUAUCUGUUGACAUUAUAGAAUAUGAUGAUCCUAUGGAGUUCGAUAUUUCUAUCACAGUCACAGAGAACACCCGAGAUAUGGCCAUAUCAUUGCAGUACGACCCGGCUAUCAUGACAGAAACACAAGCCAUUAGCCUGAUAGGUUCAUUCCAAAAGUUCGUUGAAGAGAUUAUACAACUACCUAAAUCGAAACCUGAUAAUCUUAUUGCAAUCGGAAAUCAGGACCUGUCAAGAGUAUGGGGAUGGAAUAAAGAAAUCCUUUCUCCCAACAGCAUAUGUGUUCACGAUCUAUUCUCGGAAUGUGUACGCCAACAACCAGAUGCUCCAGCUGUGUGUGCCUGGGAUGGUGACUUAACUUACUCUCAGCUUGAUGAGCUUUCUACAUCUCUCGCCUAUCGCCUUCUGGCACAUGGAAUCGGCCCGGGGUCAAUUGUACCCCUCUGCUUCGAAAAGAGCUUAUGGACCCCUGUCGCGGUGUUGGGAGUAAUGAAAACAGGAGCUGCCUCGGUAAUGCUAGAUGUUACACUGCCGAGACAGAGGUUAUUAUCGGUAAUAAACCAGCUCGAGAAAGGUCGGGUGGGUGCCAGUGUUAUAUUAUCCUCCACAUCGCAAUAUAAGGUCGCGAGUGACCUGGUUGCCGGUCUGACUAUUUGUGUUGAUGCUCUUGACCAAAUCAACCAGCCUCCUGGACCUAAGCUACCUAAUGUCGAUCCCUCUAACACACUUUAUGUGGUGUUCACGUCGGGAAGUACCGGGACCCCUAAAGGGGCGAUGAUCAGCCAUACCAAUUUUAGUAGCGGCAUAUGGUAUCAGCUCCAGGUGCUGGGGCUUUCCUCAACGUCUAGAGUUUUCGAUUUUGCGUCCUACGCUUUCGAUGUGUGCUGGUCAAGUAUACUCCAUACACUUGUCGCUGGAGGGUGCAUCUGCACGCCGAGCACGGCCCAAACUCGCAAUGAUAUCCAUGGGGCUCUUGCCAUGAUGAGAGCCAACUGGGCCCUCCUGACCCCAACUGUUGCUCGUCUCCUGGAUCCAGCUACCGUCGGCCAUGGGUUUGUGCUAGUUCUCAUUGGUGAGAAGAUGACUGAUGAAGACGUUACGAAGUGGCAGCCUCAUGUGGACCUAGUUAAUGCAUAUGGGCCUGCAGAGUGCACCGUGAUCAACACAGUCAACAGAGUAAACGAUAUCCCACAAGGGAGUGGAAACAUUGGUAGAGGCUUUGGUUGCCACACGUGGGUAGUUAGCCCUUCGAAUCACCAUCAUCUUCUUCCUGUUGGCUGUACAGGUGAGCUAUUGAUUGAGGGGCCGUUGGUUGGUCAAGGAUAUCUUAACGACCCAGCCAAAACAGUGUCACAUUUCGUGGAGGCACCAUCAUGGUUGAAACAAGGUAGCCCUACUGUACCUGGACGUAAAGGUCUUCUCUACCGAACAGGUGAUCUUGUUCAAUAUCAAGAAGAUGGCUCACUCAAGUUCAUGGGACGUAGGGAUGACCAGGUGAAGAUUCAUGGACAACGUGUUGAACUCGGGGAUGUGGAGCAUCAUGUUCGGCAAAUCCUUCACGACCAAUUCCAGGAACCAGAUGGAGUCGUGGCGGAGAUACUCCAGACGGGUAUCGGUGACGCUCCAGUCUUGGUGGUCUUCCUUACUGCUGGAAAAGAGGAUGGUGUAUCAGGUCAUGGUACCUAUCCUGCAUUGCACCGACAUUCAGGGGUAUUGAGGGAAGGAUUAUUAACGCAACUGCCACUGCACAUGGUACCUGCAUCCUUGAUAGUCGUAGAAGCGAUACCCACUACCGCAACAGGUAAAACCGACCGUCGAAAGCUUCGCGAACUUGGUGGCUUGCUUACGAGAGAGGAGCUUGCAUGGGCGGUCCCCACCCAUACAGAAGGCGUUGACACCGAGGGAAGCCCAACCUUGAAUAGUAUGGAGCUUCAACUGCGAGAGCUGUGGGCUCAAGUGCUACGAAUCAGUCCGUCCCGCAUCAACGGCCAAGAUAGCUUCCUCCAGAUUGGAGGUGAUUCGGUCGGUGCUAUGCGGCUGGUUGCGGCAGCCCGAAAUCAAGGACUGUCUUUGAAUGUUGAAAAGGUGUUCCAAUCGCCCCGACUCUGUGAGAUGGCCCUCGCUACUGGAAUAUCACACGAAACCAGGCAGCCGAUCCCUUGUUUCUCUUUAUUAUCGAGUGACGUACACGUCAGCCAAAUGUGCGAAGAUGUCGCCCAACGGUGCAAUGUGCCAGUCGACAAAAUUCAAGACGUAUUUCCCUGCACUCCACUGCAAGAAGGAUUGCUUGCCCUGUCCGCGAAGCAGCCCGGAAACUACGUCAAUCAACUCACAAUGAAGCUAUCCCAAGGGACCAACCUUGCACAGCUGAUAGGAGCCUGGAACAAAGUCAUACAAGAAACACCAAUCUUGAGGACCCGAAUCGUUGAUACUCCUGGGCUCGGUCUGGUGCAGGCUAUCAUAUCAGAGGAAGUUACAUGGAGGACUGCUUAUGACCUUUCAGUGUACCUGAAGCAAGAUACUCAGACGCACAUUGGUCUCGGAACACCCCUGGUCCGCUUUGUAGUUGUGAAAGAUGAACAAAGUGGAGAAGGAUCCAUUGUGUGGACAAUACACCAUGCAUUGUAUGAUGGAUGGUCAAUGCAACUGAUCCUAGACCAAGUCCACAAGGUAUAUCAUACCAAGGACACUCUUCCCCUCGGUCAAUUUCAACGAUUUUUGCAAUACACGCUUCAGACAGAGGAUUCACAGGAUGAAUUCUGGCAGCGAUAUCUUUCCGGUGCCGAUAUAGCAUCGUUCCCUUCGUUACCCAGCCCAUCAUAUCGCCCACAGGCCAACGCCAUAGUAUCACACAACCUAACCAACAUCAAGUGGCCUGAAAGCGAUAAUAUCACGAGUGCGACAGUGAUUCGAGCUGCUUGGGCCAUCUUACAGUCUCAGUACACUAAUACAUCUGGUGUAUGUUUCGGUGCUAUUGUCAGCGGGCGGCAAGCACCAGUGGUUGAUAUUGAACGGAUAGCAGGACCUACAAUUGCUACAGUGCCGAUCCAUGUGAAUAUUGACUGGAUGAAAGACAUAAGGGGGCUCCUGUUACAGAUACAGGCAGAUGCAGCGGCGAUGAUUCCAUUUGAGCAAACCGGUCUACUAAAAAUCCGUCGAACUAAGUCAGAUGUCGCGAAGGUAAGCGAGUUUCAAACGCUGCUGGUCAUUCAACCAGUUGCCCGAGAUGAACAGCCUCCUCAUGUGGGUGAUUUGUGGAGUAUUGAGAAGUCCGCGCAUGACACAAGUGCUCCUGGUCUGAAUGAUUUCAACAACUACUCGAUCCUAGUUGAUUGUGAACUCAAGUCAAACGGUGCCGAACUGACCGUCAGCUUUGACACACAUGUGAUAGAUGAAUGCUUUGUGCAGAGGAUGGUAACACAACUGGAGCAUGUCAUAGAGUCGAUUUGCAAUCACCCGCUAGAUUCCACCUUAGUCAAAGACAUGACAACAAUCAGUACCACCGACCUCGACGAUAUACGUCGCUGGAACAGGACUGUUCCCGAGCCACAUACAGUCUGUGUGCAUGACUGGAUCAUCGAUCAAGCGAGGAAGCAUCCAGCCAAAAUGGCCAUCCUUUCUUGGGAUGGAAGCCUGACCUACGAGGAACUGGACAAAUUGUCUACCUCCCUGGCUCAGAGCAUCAUACCCAUGAUCAACCCGGGAUCCAUCAUUCCUCUAUGCUUCGAGAAAUCUAUGUGGACCCCAGUUGCUAUGCUCGCGGUCAUGAAAGCUGGUGCUGCAUCCGUGGCUUUAGACACGACCCUCCCAAAACAGCGACUUCAGGCAAUUGCAGACCAGGUCAAGCCUCGUCUCAUUCUUUCGUCAAAAGUAAGCGCUACCCUGGCACUGACCCUCUUGGGUGAUGUGAAAGGUAGCCAAGUGAUCACUGUGGAUUAUGACGGCAUCAAGACGCUGGGGGUGAAGAGCCCGAAGCUGGAUCUACCAAUAGUAGACCCUUCAAGCACUCUGUAUUUGGUAUUCACGUCUGGCUCUACUGGAAGCCCCAAGGGCGCAAUGGUAAGCCAUGCCAACUUCAGUAGUGGGCUUUUUCACCAGUUAAGUGCUCUUCAAUAUAAUACCGACACGCGUGCAUUUGACUUUGCGUCUUACGCCUUUGAUGUGUCCCGCACGGUUUGCUUGCGCACAUUAGCAGCGGGAGGCUGUCUCUGUGUUCCACAUGAGACAGACCGUCGAAAUAAUACAGCACAGUCGAUGUGCCAGCUCGGAGUGAACCAUGCGCAUCUCACUCCAACAAUGGCCCGUUUACUACUACCUUCCGAAGUUCCUGCACUGCGUACUCUCGUACUGGGUGGAGAGCCAAUAGGAAAGGACGAUGUUGACAAGUGGUAUGGGCAUGUUUCUCUCAUCAACACUUAUGGCCCCGCGGAAGCAACUUCGACCAACACAAUCCAGAGGAUUAACAAUACCGAGGCACCUUGCAUCGGCAGGGGCAUCGGCUGUACAACAUGGAUAGCUGACCCCUUGAACCCCAAUCAUCUAUUGCCGAUUGGCUGUGCCGGAGAGCUGUUGAUCGAAGGCCCUCUUGUGGGUCAAGGGUACCUAGGUGAUGGGGAAAGCACCAUGACCAACUAUAUUGAGAAUCCACCUUGGCUACUGAAAAUGGGACGAAGAGGUAUUCUUUACCGCACCGGAGACCUUGUCCGGUAUAAUUCAGAUGGAUCACUGAUGUUCAUCGGCCGCAAGGAUGCCCAAGUAAAGAUUCGCGGCCAGAGGGUUGAACUUGGCGACAUUGAGCACCAUGUUAGAUCUAUUCUUGUUGCGUCAGAAUUUCAAGGCUCUAUAGCAGCAGGAGUGACAAAGCCACAAGGCAACAGUGCCGCUUUCGUGGUAGCCUUUUUGACGGGUGAUAAGACCCAUAGCGAGCCUAAUACCUACAUACAAAGCUUGACAAAUCGCUUGAAUGAUGGCUUAGCCAACGAGCUUCCAUCCUAUAUGAUUCCACGGGUUUAUAUACCAUUGAACGCUAUGCCAUUGACGGCAACAGGGAAGAUUGACAGACGCAGGAUUCAGGAGAUGAGCGAAAGGCUUACGUUGGAUGAUAUUCGCAAAUUCCAGCCACAACACCAGGAUCGCCAUGCACCAACAACUGACAUGGAGCUCCGUCUCGCUCAACUGUGGGGUCGGGUCUUAAAUAUAUCCACCCGUGAAAUUGCGAGUGAAGAUAGCUUUCUACAAGUUGGAGGCGACUCAGUUGGGGCCAUGAGGCUGGUUGGCGCUGCUCGGGAUCAGAGCUUAUCAUUAACAGUUGAACAGGUUUUUAAAUCGCCUCGUCUGCGCGAUAUGGCACUGCUUGUCAAGGCCGUUGAGUCAAGCGAGAAGCCCGUUGCGCCAUUCUCCCUUCUUCAUCUAGGUGUUCCCGAGGAGGGCUGUCCAAAUAUCGACACCUGGCGCGCCCGUGCGGCUUUACUUUGUAACGUGAAGCCCAGGCAGGUUGAAGAUGUCUUCCCCUGUACUCCACUACAGCAAGGUAUUCUGGCACUGUCACAAAAGAGACCUGGCCACUAUAUCAACCAUGCGAUACUCCAGAUAGAUCGUGCCAAGGUGUCGCUAGAUCGACUAAAACAAGCUUGGCAGCAAACAAUCCAAAUGACCCCAAUCCUGAGAACGCGAAUCAUUGAUGUUGAAGGACAUGAUAUAUUACAGGUCGUCAUAUCAGAAGAGAAUGCAUUAAAGUCCCUAGUCGGAUGUACUCUUGAAUCAUAUAUCGAAAACGACCGCCGAAAUACUAUGACAUUUGGAACACCUCUGGCUCGCGUUGCAUUCGUUGAAGAAAGUAAUCAGUCAGGCGACAAUGCCAUUGAGAACAAAAGCACUAGAGCAGUGUACAUUGUGUGGACGAUGCACCAUGCGGUGUAUGAUGGUUGGACAAUGGAAUUAAUCCUCAAUCAAGUCCAUAAUAUCUACAGGGAGAAGGACAACCGCCCCUGCCUCGAACCAUUCCAAAAGUUCUUACAGUAUUCAAUAAAAAGAAACGAUGCCGAAGAACGCUUUUGGAAUGACUAUCUUUCAAAAUCAGACAUGUUCUCUUUUCCGGCAUUGCCAUCGACAAGCUAUGAACCACAAGCGAAUACCUCACUACAACAUGAAAUCAAUGAUCUCACAUGGCGCCGCAAAGAUGACAUCACUGCAUCAACAAUGAUGCGAACUGCGUGGGGAAUUCUGCUAUCCUGCUACACUACAACACCAGAUGUACUGUUUGGCGCCACGGUGACCGGGCGACAGGCACCGGUUGCAGGUAUUGAGAAUGUUGCGGGUCCAACUAUUGCUACCGUGCCAGUAAGGAUAGGCGUUGAUCCGCACAUCACAGUUCAUGAGCUCCUUCACCAGGUACAGAGACAGGCGCUCGAUAUGAUUCCAUUCGAACAGACCGGCCUGCAACGCAUUCGACGGAUCAGCGCAAACACAAAUAGAGGGUGCCAAUUUCAGACCCUUAUCGUGGUGCAGCCUCCGCCUUCGAACCAAAAAGUUCGGGAAGAAUCCAUCUGGCAAGUUGUUGGAAGAGAGGGUGAAGGAAUAUCAUCGUUCAACAGCUACGCAGUCCUUGUGGAGUGCCAAAUGAAUUCAGAAGGUGCUCACAUUGAAGUCAGCUUCGACUCUCAGGUGAUAGACACAAAUACUAUGAGCAGAAUGUUGAAGCAACUACACCAUAUCUUGCGAUUGCUUUGUGCGGAUCAGAGUAAUGAGCUUCAAGUUUCAGCUCUUGGGAUUACAGGGCCCGAGGACUUGCAUACUAUUUGGUCAUGGAACUCGUUGCAGCCGGCCGCCUAUGAGACACCCGUUCAUGAAAUGAUUGUUGCUCGUGCCCGAAAAAGUCCAGACGCACUAGCUAUAUGUGCCUGGGAUGGGGAGCUAACAUUUAAAGAGCUAGAUGACUUAUCUACAUGUCUGGCUGAUUACCUACUCGCUCAUCAUUCCUGUGUCGGAUCAAUCAUAGCGCUUUGUUUUGAAAAGUCGAUGUGGACUCCGGUUGCUAUGUUAGCGGUCAUGAAAGCAGGUGCCGGGGCAGUAGCAUUGGAUGUUGACCUGCCCAAGCAGCGACUGCAGUCAAUAGUCAGUCAAGUCAAACCCGUGGUUAUUUUAUCUUCAGUGGCAAGCUAUGAGCUGGCGAACGGUUUCAAUGGUGGGGCAGUUAUUGUGGUUGAUCACCAAAGCAUUUAUUCAAUGAAGUGCUCACUCAAUAGCAACAUGCACAAGCUCACAAGCUCGUCAACAAACCCCAGCCUCCCUCCGGUCGACCCGUCGAGCAUACUGUAUAUUGUGUUUACCUCUGGAAGCACUGGAACUCCCAAGGGAGUGAUGGUUAGCCACGGAAACUUUAGUACUGCUCUUCGGUAUCAGCAAGAUGUAUUGGGAUACGCUUCUGCCACUCGAGUGCUAGACUUCUCAUCCUACGCAUUCGAUGCGGCUUGGCUGAACUUCAUACAUUCAACAGUCGCUGGUGCAUGUCUAUGUAUCCCAGCAGAGCAUGAGAGAAAGACCAAUGUCGGUGCUUGCAUAGACCGGAUGAGGGUUGAUUUUGCCCUGCUCACACCUAGUGUAGCAAGAUUGAUAGAUCCAGAAUCAGUCCCAACCCUGCGUACGCUUGUUCUUGGUGGCGAGGCACAUAACCCAACUGAUGUUGCUAGGUGGAAAUCAGAUCGCGUUGACCUCCGUAAUGCCUACGGCCCCGCGGAAUGUACAGUGGUUGCUACCGUUACCCGGUUGGCGAAUGGUACCACUAAACCUGGAAAUAUUGGGCGAGGAUGGGGGCUGAAUACUUGGGUCAUAGACGUCUCCGGCAACAAUCGCCUUGCUCCGAUUGGUGCUGUGGGCGAGCUAUGGUUAGAGGGCCCUCUUGUUGCGCAGGGAUACCUUGGUGAUUCCAAGAAGACAUUAGAGAGCUUUGUUAAAACCCCCCCAUGGCUCGCAAGAGGUAUACCUACCGUAUUUCCAGGGCGCCAGGGCCGUUUGUACCGUACAGGUGAUCUCGUCCGAUAUAAUCACGAUGGCUCGUUAACAUUCGUUGGCCGCAAGGAUUCACAAGUCAAAAUCCGCGGACAGCGUGUGGAACUGGAUGAUAUUGAAUAUCAUGUACGCCAAAGUCUUCCCAAGCAGUUUCGGGGGGCGGUGAUAGCGGACGUUUUUGCUCCUCGAGAAAGUGAUCACGCUAUCUUGGCGGUAUUUCUCAGCUUGGCAGAAGAUGUAACUCUCAGCAAUUUGUUGGAGGGCCUCGGUGAUAAGAUCAUGGAUCUAUUGCCUGAAUAUAUGAUACCGACUGCAUAUAUCCCCGUGCAUGAGAUACCGAUGACGGCAACGGGCAAAACAGACCGCCGGAAACUGCGCGAGAUAGGGUCUUCUCUAACCAUCGCCGAACUUGCUGGCUUGCGCCCAUCACAGAACUCGGAGCCCCCUGUGUCGGAACGGGAGUGGCAGCUUAAUGCCAUGUGGGCAGAGGUCUUAAAUGUUGAGCCAAGUCUCAUUGGUAGAAACGAUAGUUUCUUUGGUUUCGGAGGAGACUCAAUUACUGCAAUGCAACUGUGUGCAAAAUGCAGGAUGGCUGGCAUCAGCAUGACAGUGCCACAGGUAUUUCAUUGCAGGACCAUCGCAAGGCUAGCAUCAGUGGUGACCGCCGAUGUUGCGGUCCAACAUCACAAUGAGGUGCCCGAGACUGAUUUUUCCCUGUCACCGAUCCAGCUGAGGUUCUUUGAAUAUGAGCCAAAUGGCCAUGAUCAUUUCAACCAAAGCAUGCUAUUGCAGCUGACCCGGCAGGUGAGCUCACUGGAUGUGGCCCAAGCACUUGAAUCCCUCCUGGUGCAUCAUUCAAUGCUUCGGGCUCAGUUUUCCAAAGGACCUCAAGGUGCCUGGACUCAACGCAUAAACGCUACCGCCGGGGGCAGCGGUUACAGGUAUCGAUCGCAUCAAAUGCUGACCAUGAAAGAUUCAAUACAUGCGAUAAAUGAAAGUCAGAAGUCCUUGAAUAUUCGUGAGGGCCCUCUUAUGGCGGCCGAUCUAUUCACGACAGAGGAGGAUGGACAAUAUUUAUUCGUAGUUGUACAUCAUCUUGCCAUCGACCUCGUGUCAUGGCGGGUUCUACUAGAGGAUCUCGAAGAGCAUCUUACCACAGGGGGCAUAUCUAGCGCCACACCCCUCCCCUUCCAGGCUUGGUGCGAAGGACAAGUGCGUUAUGCCCGGAAGCAUCUCUCUUCACACAUCUUGCCACCUUUGGAUAUAUCAUCCCACGCGCAUGAUUACUGGGGCGUUGACAUGACGAAUAAUAUAUACGGCACAGUGCUGGAAGAGAGCUUCACUAUAUCUCCUGACAUUACCCAAGUUCUGUUGGGUCCCGCCAAUACUACAUAUCAAACCCAGCCUGUGGAGAUCUUCCAUGCCGCUCUGGUCUACAGUUUUGCCCAAGUAUUCCAAGACCGACGACCUCCCCCUAUUUUCACGGAAGGGCACGGUCGAGAACCGUGGAACUUAGCAUUGGAUCCGUCGAGAACAGUUGGCUGGUUUACUACAUUGUGGUCCGUGCUCGUAACGCCCAAUAUAGCGGAUGGCUUCAAAGACACCAUCCGUCGAGUAAAGGAUAGCCGUCGGCGGGUCCCUAUGAAUGGCUGGGCGUCUUUUACGGCGAUGUAUCUCAGCAGCGAAGACAACAGACGGCGAUAUGAUGUUCCAGAAAUCAUGUUUAAUUAUCUGGGCCUCUAUCAACAACUCGAACGACCAAAGGGGCUUUUCCGUCUAGCAGACGCACCUGCUGGCGCGCUAUCUAAUAUUGCAGAUAAUGUUCACCGCUUCUCACUGAUUGAUGUGUCGGCUUUGGUGAUGCAAGGCGGUUUGCAUUUCAAAUUCUCAUAUAACCGAUUUAUAAGGAACCAAGAAGCUAUCGCCGACUGGAUCAUUGCAUGCAAGUCCGUACUGGAAGAGGCCGCUUCGACGUUGGUUCGAAGUACGCAAGCACGAACCCUUUCAGAUUUUCCCUUGCUACCGCUAAGCAGCUAUGAUGAAUUGGAUACCCUCAUCAACCAUACACUGCCUUCGCAUGGAAUAAUGCUGGAUCAGGUGGAGGAUAUCUAUCCAUGCUCGCCUAUCCAGCAAGGAAUUCUACUCAGUCAAGCCAAGAACGAAAGUCGAUAUUGGACGCGAAAGCGAUGGCAGGUUCGCUCAUCCUCUCCAAUAUGUCUACAAAGAUUCAAGGAUGCCUGGAAUAAGCUCGUAGACCGCCAUCCAAUCCUCAGGACGGUGUUUAUCGAGAGUGCGCUUCCAGAUGCAUAUCUGGACCAGGUAGUCCUCAAGUCAGUGACUCCAGAAAUCCACAUCAUCACCCUAGCGGACGUGGAUCUUGAAUCUUCACUAAUAAAGCAUAAGCGACUGCGGAAACCACAGGACAGGCUGCCCUAUGUACUGGUUCUUUAUGCUACACCAUCAGGCCGAGUCAUCUGCGAGCUUUUGAUCAAUCAUGCAAUCACAGAUGGAAUGUCCAUGCGCCUUAUCCAAGACGAACUGCAGUUGGCGUACGACGAUGCACUCCCUUUGUGUUCUACUCCACCAUACAGCGACUACAUUGCGCAUCUUCGAUCGCUCGCCCCUGAUACCUCACGGACACACUGGCAGCAAUACCUUGUUGGCGUUAGCCCGUGUAUGCUUCCGCACAUGAACGUCAACCAUCAGGAAAGCGACAGUGUAAAACGAUUACCAGCUAUGCAUCUUGGCAAUGAACUCAACUCCUGCUUGCGAGAUCUUUGCAAGCGCCACGUGUUGACAGCAUCGAAUAUUUUCCAAGUCGCCUGGGCCCUGGUUCUGCAUUUUUACACUGGCCAUGAGACACCUUGCUUCGGGUAUUUGACAUCAGGGCGCGAUGCUCCCAUAGACAAUGUUGCUGCUAUCGCAGGGCCUUUCAUCAACAUGCUAAUCAGCCGCAUCUGCCUCUCUCAUGACAGAUCCAUAUUAAGCAUCAUGCAGGAAACCCAGGCAGACUAUCUUCGAAACCUCGAGCAUCAGCACCUCCCGCUAGCCGAGAUCCUACAUUCUCUACCCGCUUCCACAUCACCUCUGUUUAACACGGCAAUAUCUGUACAGACCAGCAGGUCGGGACCGGCAGAUAGCGUCACGUCAACCAUCCGCCUUCAAGAUACGGCGACCGAAGACCCAAGCGAGGUAUGUAACCCAGUGGCUCCAAAGGGUGUUUGA